AUGGUUGUUCUGAGCACGGUGGCGUUGGUAAAAGCCGCUUAUUCGCUCAACAGUUUCGUCUUUGAAGCCGAAGACAUCCGAUUCGGCUCGCCGUGGUGGUUCGUCGUGGUCGGUGUGGCGUGUAUCCUCGUUCUAUUCGCCGGGAUAAUGUCGGGACUCACUCUUGGACUAAUGUCCCUUGGCCUCGUGGAGCUAGAAAUCCUCCAGCAGAGUGGCUCCUCCGCCGAGAAGAAACAGGCUACUGCUAUCUUACCUGUGGUCAAGAAGCAGCAUCAACUUCUUGUGACUCUGCUUCUAUGCAAUGCAGCUGCCAUGGAGGCCCUUCCUAUAUGCCUGGAUAAGAUCUUUCACCCCUUUGUAGCCGUUUUACUCUCUGUUACUUUUGUUCUUGCUUUUGGAGAGAUAAUUCCACAAGCUAUAUGCUCGAGAUAUGGACUUGCUGUUGGUGCAAAUUUUCUGUGGCUUGUUCGCUUUUUGAUGAUAAUCUGCUAUCCGAUUGCUUACCCUAUUGGAAAGGUUCUUGAUGCCGUAAUUGGGCAUAAUGACACACUGUUUAGGCGAGCUCAACUGAAAGCCCUUGUUUCAAUUCACAGCCAGGAGGCUGGUAAGGGAGGUGAACUGACACAUGAGGAAACGAUGAUUAUAAGCGGAGCCCUGGAUUUGAGCGAGAAGACUGCUGAGGAGGCUAUGACGCCAAUUGAAUCAACUUUUUCCCUGGACGUAAAUACCAAGUUAGACUGGGAAACAAUUGGAAAGAUACUCUCCCGAGGUCAUAGCCGAAUCCCUGUCUACUUAGGGAAUGCGAAAAAUAUCAUUGGACUUCUCUUGGUUAAGAGUCUUCUAACGGUACGAGCGGAGACAGAGACACCCGUCAGUGCUGUAACCAUCAGGAAGAUCCCAAGGGUUCCAUCAGACAUGCCACUGUACGAUAUCCUGAACGAAUUUCAAAAGGGAAGCAGUCACAUGGCUGCUGUUGUCGAAGUUAAAGACAAAGAUAAAAAGAAGAAUAUGCAGUUGCUGAGUAAUGGCGAAACAACUAAAGAAAAUAUGAGCUUAUACUCGAGUCCUCAAUUAACGGCUCCUUUGCUUAAGCACGUUGAUGAGAAGACGCAUGAUGUUGUUGUUGAUAUUGAUAGAGGACCAACACAUGUGAAAAACAGGGGAAGAAAUUUCGAGGAGAAGGGUAUUUUGACAAGAGACUUGCCGCGUUUGUUGGAAGAUUACGAGGAUGCAGAAGUGAUUGGCAUUAUCACGUUAGAAGAUGUCUUUGAAGAGCUUCUGCAAGCAGAAAUCGUGGAUGAAACUGACGUUUACAUUGAUGUACAUAAAAGGGUACGUGUGGCUGCAGCAGCAGUUGCUGCGGUAUCAUCCAUAACACGAGCUUCACCAGCGGAGUAUCAAAGCAAGGUAGGACUAACGGUGAAGAAGCUUGUGGGGAAGGAGGCACGAGUUCUCGCUGCCCAGCUCAUAUUCCUCAAAACGGAAAUUUCGAGACAGAGUAAAACUUUGACUGAUGGGUUUCAGCUCUGUCUAUCGAUCCCUAACGGAGAUAUUUCCUCAGAUUGA